AUGUCCUGGAAUAAAUACAACUUGUACAACAUUGCACACAAGGAACUUCCCAACUUCAACAACAAGACUCUUUUCCAACAGAAAUGGAUCGCUAAAAGAGAGACUCGUGCUUACCAUGGUGAUGAAGUGACAGAACGUCAAUUCAAGAAUAAAUUCUUUGAUCCCAAAUUACCUACCGUUCAUUCUUCAGCCGAUGCCGGUCAAGCCCAUCCUCCCGUCGCUGCUCUUACCUUUGCCGAAUUAGAGCGUCGUUUAGAUUUCGUUGUUUUUAGAUCAAACUUUUGUCCUUCCAUCUACGCUGCUCGUCAGUUGUGUGUUCACGGAAAGGUUUUGGUUAACGGUAAAAAGUUGGCCUAUCCUUCCCACAAGUUAAAGGAUGGUGAUGUUAUUUCAGUGGAUCCUCAAGCUAUUCAAUUUUUGAAGGGAGAAAAGGGACAAGAAUUAGAUUUCACACCUAAACCAUUCUCACAACCCUUCUUAUUCGUACCCGAAUAUCUCGAAGUCAACUACAAUACUUGUCAAACAGUAUUCUUAAGAUCACCCAUUUCUAGACCUGGACGUACAGAAAUCCCUUCACCUUUCUCCCCCGAGAUGCAUUCACUCGCCUAUGAAUUCUAUGCUCGUCGUAGUAAAUAA